ACACAUACACACAUUAUGUAACUGUACACAGUGUGCACUUGAGUCUCCACGUAGUUUGCUUGUUGCAGCGUUAGAUUGUUAGAUGUUGAUUCUCUACUAAAGCACGACUUCAGACAGUCCAGAGACAGAAGAAGAAGAGAGACAGAGAGUCACGAUGGUUGACUUCAAAUGGAUUCUUAUAGCGCUGCUUCAGUUUACAGCAGCAGCUGAAGGACUUCCCCCCUCCUUCGCUGUCAGAGCUGGACAGGAAGUCACUUUGCCUUGUGAAAAUGUGAUAGACGGUCAGCAAAACUGUGACAGUACAACAUGGGUAUUCAUUGAUUCAAGACAGAGAGAAUCAGAACAGCUGAUCAAAUUUGGACAGAUUGAUGAAAAUGCCAAAUCUAAAUCAGACAGACUCAGUGUUACACAGAAAUGUUCUCUGGUUAUAAAGAAUGUCACACAUAGAGAUGUUGGACGUUACAUCUGUCAACAAUGGAAAUCAGGACAAAGACAAGAACCAGACUCUGAUGUUAAUCUGUCUGUUGUUACCAUGACUGAAAAGAAGAACAAUGAUCAGGUGGAGUGGUCCUGUUAUAUGUUGGCAUAUGAUGGACAAUGUAGACGCACAGUGCAGUGGCUGUAUUUCGGUAACAAUGUGGAUAAAGAUAAAUGGGAGAGGUCAUCACACGCUCCUUGCAUUGACUCUGUGACCUUUCAGUCUUCUUAUUUCAAUCACACAUCAAUCUCUGACUUAUUCAAGUGUAAAGUGACUAAUGGUGACAAAGUGCAGCUGUUUCCCUUCAGACUUCAGCCCUCAGGUGAGAAACCAGGUGAUGACACGGCAGCAACGACUGAAAGCAGCAUGAAAAGAGGAACCAUCACGAUAGUGUCUCUAAUCAGUGAUGAUUCAGCAAACCUAAAAUGUUGGUGGAGGUUCAUCAUCGUGCCUGUGGGUUUAGCAGCACUCAUAAUAAUCGUCGUGGCAGUCAGCAUGUGGACAAGAACUAAAGGGAGAAAAAGACAGAUGGAUGAAAACAUGGUGGAUGAUGAUGAAGAUGAUGGUGCAGUGAACUAUGAGAACGUCACAUCUUCUGUUUGAGUUUGAGCAACACUUCUGCAUCCAUCAGACUCCACCCAUCAACAACUCCUACAUCAGCCCAGCAUGUUUUAAAUGAGUAGAUGAAGAUUUGAAGUCACAAAAACUUCCUAAGAUCAUUUUGAGAGACUUAUUGAGUGUGCCUGAAAGCGCACACUAUAUGUUAUCCGCCACGCUUCUUCUUUUGCUUAUUAUUCUUACGCCGUCUUUUUUGAGAGUUUUUGUCACACACACACAAAACGGGUAUCAAACGUGCGGCUCGGCUGGGAUCGGUGUGCUAUGACAUUUCUAAGAGUUUCGGCAAAUGGUUUUGCCAAAAAUCGCCCAAAAAUGAAUGGGUGUGUAAUGCGAGAAUUUUCGAGAGCUAGAGUGAGUGAUGUCAUCGCUAGAGUGGAGAGGGAGAGAA